AGCCAGACCGCGCUGUAGGGCAAGGCAGAAGCAGAAAGCAGAAGCAGAAUGGAGGUGAAGAGCUGAGUUUCCAACUUGUGGAAGGAGAUGGAAGAAACAAAAAAGGGAGGGGAUGUGGCUGCAACUGUGACUGUUAUGAAAGGGCUCUGCACUUCUGAAUUUGCCACUACACUGCUGGUCCCACGGAGUUUCAUGAAGGUCACUCAGAGCUGCUAAUGGCAGUCAUUUGCCUUAUCUACAACUCAUCACCAGCCACAUCCGUGUAACUCGUAGCUAUACAACAUUUCAAGAAGAAAAGACAAGAAAGAAGAAUCCCAACUUUUGGCACAAAUGGCAUUUGAAAGCGAGGCAAAGACACACAUGAAUGGAAAGCUUGGAGAGAUACCUGAAACUGACAAUGUUGCUCAUGAUGAAAGCAAAAGCAGUGCAGGAAAGAAAAGCAAAGAGAAGCCUAAGAUGGUCAGCCCAUUUACAAUGUUUCGUUACGCUGACUGCCUGGAUAAGUUACUAAUGGUACUAGGUGCUCUCCUGGCAGCUCUUCAUGGAGCUGCCCUGCCAGCCAUGAUGAUUAUUUUUGGCGAUAUGACCGAUAGCUUUGUUGCAUCAGGAAAGCCUCCAGCUAAUAUUUCUUUAGUUAAUAUUUCUUCAGCUAAUAUUUAUUUUGAUAGUAUUGUUCAGCACAUAAAUGAAAAGCUACAAGAACAAAUGACAAGAUAUUCAAUCUAUUAUUCAGCAAUGGGAGCUGGUGUUUUUGUUGCUUCCUACAUACAUAUUGCAUGUUGGACACUGGCAGCUGGCCGCCAGAUCAAGAAAAUCAGGCAACAUUUUUUCCAUGCCAUUAUACGGCAAGAAAUUGGAUGGUUUGAUGUAAAUGAUGUUGGGGAACUGAAUACCCGUCUCAUAGAUGAUGUCUCAAAAAUCAAUGAAGGAAUUGGUGACAAAAUUGCAAUGCUCAUUCAGGGAAUAGCUACAUUUCUAACAGGAUUUAUAAUCGGGUUCACUAAAGGAUGGAAAUUGACCCUUGUAAUACUUGCAGUCAGUCCUGUUCUGGGGCUCUCAGCUGCAAUUUGGGCAAAGGUCCUUUCUGCAUUCACCAACAAGGAGCUUGCUGCAUAUGCAAAAGCUGGAUCAGUUGCUGAGGAGGUUCUAUCAUCAAUUAGGACAGUGAUGGCUUUUGGAGGACAGAAGAAAGAAAUUGAGAGGUAUUAUAAAAAUUUAGAAGAUGCUAAAAACAUUGGAAUUAAAAAGGCUAUUACGGCGAACAUUUCCAUGGGAAUUGCUUUCUUAUUAAUAUAUGCAUCAUAUGCAUUGGCAUUCUGGUAUGGAACUACUUUGAUACUGUAUGAAGGCUAUACUAUUGGAAAAGUCCUGACAGUCUUCUUUGCUGUGCUAAUUGGAGCAUUUAGUGUUGGUCAGGCGAGUCCAAACCUAGAAGCAUUUGCUAAUGCAAGGGGGGCUGCUUAUGCAAUAUUCAACAUCAUAGACAAUGAACCUCAAAUUGAUAGUUUUUCAGAAACUGGCUACAAACCUGACCAAAUUAAAGGAAACCUGCAUUUCCGAAAUGUACAUUUCAAUUAUCCAUCAAGGCCAGAUGUUGAGGUGUUAAAAGGCUUGAAUCUGAAGGUUAACAGUGGCCAGACAGUUGCCUUAGUAGGCAGUAGCGGUUGUGGGAAAAGUACAACUGUCCAGUUGAUACAGAGGUUUUAUGAUCCUAUGAAAGGCAUGAUUACCAUUGAUGAGCAGGAUAUUAAGUCUCUGAACAUAAGGUAUCUGAGGGAGAUUAUAGGUGUGGUGAACCAGGAGCCUGUGUUGUUUGCUACGACAAUUGCAGAAAACAUUCAAUAUGGUCGUGGAGAUGUCACCAUGGAAGAGAUGGAAAAAGCUGUCAAAGAAGCCAAUGCCUAUGACUUCAUCAUGAAACUGCCAAAUAAGUUUGAAACUGUGGUUGGAGACAGAGGGGCCCAGCUAAGCGGAGGACAGAAGCAAAGGAUAGCAAUUGCCCGAGCCCUUGUCCGGAAUCCCAAGAUCCUCUUGCUGGAUGAAGCUACAUCAGCUUUGGAUACUGAAAGUGAAUCUGUGGUUCAGGCAGCACUGGACAAGGCAAGGGAAGGUCGCACAACCAUCAUAAUAGCCCAUCGGUUGUCCACGGUCCGAAAUGCAAACCUCAUAGCUGCUUUCGAAGAUGGUGUCAUCACAGAGCAAGGGACUCAUAAUGAACUUAUGGAAAAGAAAGGAGUAUAUUUCAAACUUGUUAAUAUGCAGUCAAUUGAAACUGAGGUUCAUUCAGAAGAGCCAGAUGAAAAUGAGCUCAGCAUUGAAAAAAGUGCACUGAAAGAAGCAUCAAAGGACUCCUUAGCGAAUGGAUUGCAAAGACGUUUGACUCGCAGGAGCUUCAAAAAGUCAGAAGCACAGGAUGAAGACCUUGAGGUCCAAACGGUUCAACCUAAUGAAAAUUUGCCCCCAGUUUCAUUUGUGAAGAUUAUGAAGCUGAAUCUGUCUGAAUGGCCUUACCUUUUGGUGGGAACACUUGCUGCACUCAUCAAUGGAGGUUUGCAGCCUGCAUUUGCAGUAAUAUUCUCAGAAAUCAUAGGGAUUUUUGCACUAAGUCACGACAUUAUACGAGAAAAGAGCGAUAUGUAUUCAUUACUAUUCUUGGGACUUGGGAUCCUCUCCUUCAUAACUUUUUUUCUUCAGGGUUUUACCUUUGGCAGAGCUGGAGAGAUCCUUACAAUGAAGAUUCGCUACAUGGGAUUCAAAGCCAUACUUAGACAGGACAUUGGUUGGUUUGAUGACCCUAAAAACAGUACUGGAGUAUUGACUACAAGGCUUGCUCAUGAUGCUUCUGAAGUAAAAGGCGCUACAGGGGCCAGGCUAGGUAUGCUUGCCCAAAACAUUGCUAACCUUGGGACAGGGAUUAUUAUAUCAUUGGUCUACGGCUGGGAGCUGACCCUUGUCAUCUUGGCUAUUGUGCCAGUCAUUGCCAUAGCAGGACUCAUUGAAAUGAGAAUGUUGUCUGGACAUGCCAAGAAAGAUAAGAAGGAACUUGAAAGCGCAGGGAAGAUUGCAACAGAAGCGAUUGGCAAUAUCCGGACUGUUGUUUCCCUCACUCAGGAAAUAAAAUUUGAACAAAUGUAUGGAGAAAAUUUGCAAGGGCCAUACAGGAAUUCUGUGCAGAAAGCACAUAUCCACGGACUGACUUUUGGCUUUUCUCAAGCAAUUAUGUACUUUACCUAUGCGGGUUGCUUUCAACUUGGUGCCUACCUUGUGGAGAAUAAAUUCAUGGAGUAUAAGGCUGUUUUCUUGGUAAUCUCCAGUGUUGUCUUUGGUGCCAUGGCAGUAGGACAGACAGCUUCAUUUACACCAGACUAUGCCAAAGCCAAGAUAUCUGCAGCUCAGAUGUUCAUGCUGUUUAACAGAGUUCCCUUAAUAGACAAUUACAGUGAUGAAGGACUGAAGCCUGAAAAGUUUAGCGGCAAUGUUGCAUUUAAGGAAGUGGCCUUCAACUAUCCCACCCGGCCAGAUGUCUCAGUGCUCCAUGGGCUGAAUGUCGCCGGGCUGAAGGGACAGACAUUAGCCCUUGUAGGAAGCAGUGGCUGUGGAAAGAGCACGCUAGUCCAGUUGCUUGAAAGGUUCUAUGAUCCCCUCAAUGGAGAAGUGCUGCUGGAUGGCAAAAAUGCAAAGGAGUUAAAUAUCCAGUGGCUGCGGUCGCAGAUUGGAAUUGUCUCCCAAGAGCCAGUCCUAUUUGACCGCAGCAUUGCUGAGAACAUCGCCUAUGGAGAUAACAGCAGAACGGUGUCAUUUGAUGAGGUGGUUGAAGCAGCCAAAGCAGCCAACAUACACGCCUUCAUUGAAUCUUUGCCAGAUCAAUAUAACACUGCUGUUGGUGACAAAGGAACUCAGCUCUCUGGAGGCCAAAAACAACGCAUUGCUAUUGCUCGUGCUCUCAUCCGCCAACCAAGAGUUCUGCUACUGGACGAAGCGACCUCUGCGCUUGAUACUGAAAGUGAAAAGGUUGUCCAAGAGGCUCUGGAUAAAGCCAGACAAGGCCGCACCUGCAUUAUAAUAGCUCAUCGCUUAUCGACAGUGCAGAAUGCUGACAGUAUAGCAGUGAUCCAGAAUGGGAAAGUCAUAGAACAAGGAACACAUCAACAACUGUUGGCUGCAAAAGGCAUCUAUUACUCUCUAGUCAAUGUUCAGGCAGGAUCAGCCCAAGUAUAAAUAAAACAAGAAAUUGCUAAAGCUGAAUUUAUUUUUAAGAGACAGCAAUGGAAUGAAUUCCAGAAGGAUUCUCAGAAUGAUGCUUUUCUCUCUUGAGCCAUUCUCCACACUAGGGCUUGCUCACCUUUUGUUAUUCUCAGCUGUCUGAGAUAAAUGCGCUGUACUUUUUGAAAGUUACAAGUGUACAAUCACUCCAAGGACUUUGCUUUAAAAAACCCAAAUGUGUUCAGAAAAGAGACAGCCCCCUUGUGUCCUAGAAGCCAGAAGUACAGAUUAAGAUGAAAAGAAAUGUCAAGUUUAAAUAAGACCAGACAGAUCCACUUAUUUAAAAAUGGACAUUUGUGCUGGAGUGGAAUAAACAAGUACUUUCAAGUCAACUAUGCUGGACUCUUGCUGAAAAGGGUUUUUACAAAGUUUUGGUUGGUUGUUGAAGCCACCUUGGGAUAGCUGCAGCAGAAAACAUGUCCCAAGCAGUUUUUAUGAAGAAGCAUUAAAAUGUUUUUCUUGAUAAUUUCCUCACAAUGUGUUGGGAAGCAUAUCUACUUGUGUGGCUGUGUUCUAGACAACUCAGCUAGAGCCUGAUCUAGCUGGACUGUUUCCUCUGCCCAACAGGGCCGGCUGAUAUCAACUGCCUGUAGGGGAGAGCCCGAUGGCUUCUUUUGAUACUGUUGUGAUUUUAUAAAUGUAUGCCUUAGGAGGGUGUGUGCCCUUAAGGGAAGGAUAUAAAUUAUUAUUAAAAAAUACAUAGCCUAGUUUGUUAACCACAGUUUCAACAAACCCUAGUUCCCCGUGUUUAGAUGUAAAAAGAAACUGCAGUUAAAGUAGAAACUCCCCAUCUUUUCCUCUGAAAGAAGGUGAAAGGAGAGAGAAGUACAGUCCUGAAACUUGGACAGGUUUGUUUUUAUAACAGGCAGCCAUGGUUUCCUACCUAUGAAUUGGGCCUGUAAGAAAAUUUUAGGAAGAUGUUUAAUUUUUGUUUCAGUAAACCCAAGGCUGGGGAACCUUGCCUUUGUGCGGUAGGCUAGUUUUCUACUCGCUCUCUCUCUCUCUCACACACACACACACACCACUACCGCACCCAUAUCCUGCCAAGUAAGAGGUGUUAUCAGAGGUCACAGACACAUUACAGCUGGGCAAAACCACUUAAGAAAGGUAGACAGAUCUGGAGGAUUACUUUUGGUCCCUGAGCCUGAAGUUCCCACCCCUGCUAUAAGUUGAAAAUGCUAGAAAUAAAGUACAUCAAAUGUUAAUCUGCAAUCUGGGUGUAAGUCUAUUAAACUCAAUGGGGAGUACUUCUCAAUAAAUGUGCAUAGGACUGCACUGUUAAUUUUAUAAGAACAGCCCUGCUUGUUCAGACCAAAGGCCCAUGCAGCCCAGCAGCCUGUUUGCCAUAUGUAAUUAGAUGCCUAAGAUAAGAAGCCCACAACAGGACAUGAGCGCAAUAGCACUUUUCCAUUUGUUUCCCCAUCAAGUGGUAUUCAGAGGCAUACUACCUUUAAUACUGGAGAUAACAUAUAUCUCUAGAAGCUUUAUUCUCCAUCACUAUCUGAAUGCCAAAGCCAUCCAAUUUGGCAGCUCCAAUACAUCUUGCAGUAGUGAAUUCCAUAGUUUAAGGGCCGUGUGAAGAAGUACUCCCUUCUGUCAUCCUGUGGAAUCUCCCAACAAUUAGCUUUAUUGGAUGACUCCAGCUUGUAAUAUUUUGUGUGUGUGGACUUUUUUAUCGAUUUCCUGCAGACUAUGCAUAAAAUAUUGUAUCCCCCUUACUCACUUUUUUCCUAAGCUAAAAGCCCGCAAAAUUGUAACCGUUCUUCAUAGGAGAGUUACUCCAUCUGUUGAUCAUUCUGGUUACUCAUUUUUGCAUUUCCCCCCUCAGCUCUACAAUAACUUUUCUGAGGUAUUUUGACUUCAGAUUGGAUUAUAUAGUUUGCUGCUUUUUAAUAUUGCUUUUAAUUGAUUGGUAGCUGCCAUGGGGGGGGAGGGAGGGAGAGAGAGAGAGAGAAGGUGCAAGUAAGAGUAGGGUAUAAAUGUUUUUAAGAAAACAAAGCACCAUAUGGGUUGGGGUAGGGGACAACUGGGCUCUGGAGCCUGUAACCAUUAUAAGGAAAGUGUUAUGUACACACAGAUUAAUCAAGUCAACACUUGUUUGUCUUUGAUAUGGUUUUAUUCUAAAGGGAAGAAAUUACAUAACUGAGAAAAAGUAGGCAUCUCACCACCACCACCACCUUUAAGAUGCCAAGAAGUCCUGAGAAUCUUGUGGAGCUACACAUGUAAAGCAAUAGUGGCAUACAUAGUUUCCAAUAAUCACCUUAUAUUAUGUAAGCUUUCAAGUAUGGUUUUCACUUUCAGCUCGAUUUGGAAAAUAAAAAUAAAAUUUAAAACUAAUUUCUCAAGUGAUCAUUUUCUCCUUUUAUACUCAAAAGCUUUUUUAUAUUAUAGAGAUGCUUUUUGAGUUACAACAGUUCCAUCAUAUAAAACAGAUCAAGAGCUAGUAUCCCAAGUGUUCACAUAUGUAUCUUGAUUACUUUACAACAGGGGUGGCUGAUAGGGGGGUUCGAUGAGGUCCCUGUGCUAGCAAGUUCUUCUGCCAAUUUUGGCAGUAGCAAUAAUAUUGAAAAAAGAUAGAGACAGUGUUAGGGUGUAAAUCACCUGCUUAUGCAGUCAUCAGAUUGAUAAUUUGAGGGGGGGGGAGUCCUGUGUGCGUGCACAAGUGCCUAUGGGGUGAAUCCAGCCCUUGGGGACAAAAAAAGGUUAGCCACCCCUGCUUUGGAAGCUAAACAUUUUAAGAGCCAUUAUAAGCAUUCCAUCUAGGAAGGAACCAUGAUCCAUUAUAUCUGUAAAGCUGCUCUAAGGUACAGACUAUGCAUAUCAUUGAUAUAACUUGGUUUCAUUUGAAUAUCCUAUUCUUGUACCCUCUGUCACUAGUUAAACUAAAGUAUUUUCUAAACUACCAUUAAUUCACUCAUGUUUUGCAUUGGUGAGGCUUAGUUCAAUGUUGCAUAGUUUCUACUAAGAGUUUUGCAUUGUUGUUGCAAGGAAAAUUGCAUUGUUGUUGCAGUAAAUCUCAUUUUUUUUAAAAAAAUGUUUUGCAUUAUUUCUGCCUAGGAUAUAUGCUAAACUAGCAAGUGUCUUGUCCAGUUAUGAACACUCCUCUUCGCUUACACUUUGAUCCUUUAAGUGUUCAGUAUAUAUAGACAUAGUAAUGCACAAAGGAAUAAAGGCACUAUAGUGUCAGUAUUUUCUCUAUAGCUGGGCUGUGAUCAUUAACUUGACCAUGUCCUGAAAAGACUGGAACAGAUUCUGACACAGAUUUUCUGCAUCUGUGUCUGGGCAUGACUUCCAGGUGGUACAGGCCACAACAAUUCUAUUAGUGGAAAUGUUAAAAACAAUUGUUUAGAUAAGUGACAUUCUAAAAAUCAAUACAGAUAUUCAGCUGUAUAUGGAUGAACAUACUAAGCACCUAAACAAUGCCAUCAUGAUUUUAAAAAAUGGAGCACAAGGUACAGAGCAAUUCUGAAUAUUAGAACAAUUGCUUCAACAUAAAGGAUGUUGGUUUGGAGACAAUUGCAACACCUGUUCCUGAUAUCCUGAUAAUUUUAAUAUUUUAACAACUUAUUUUUAGCAUCUUAGUAUAACAGUAUAUUUGUAUUUUAGUAUGUUUAAAUUGUUCUAUAAAUGGUUUUAAUUGUAUUUUGCUGUCUUGCUUGUUGUGAACCGCCCAGAGAGCUUCGGCUAUGGGGCGGUAUAGAAAUUUAAUUUAAUAAAUAAAUAAAUAAAUAGUAAUA